GCUCAGGCGAGGACGCCGACCGAGGUUCGGAGAAACACGUUUUCUCGCUUCUUUUUUUUUUUUUUUUCCCCUUUCCUCCUCCCCCAGCGCUCGCGCGCCAUGGCGACCCCGUUGUUCCAGCCUCCCAUGCCCGGCGGGAAGCGCAAAGGCAAGGCGCAGUACGUGCAGGCGAAGCGGGCGCGGCGCGGCGAGGGCGGCGGGCGGCGGCGCCUGGAGCCCGGGCUGCAGGGCAUCCUCAUCACCUGCAACAUGAACGAGCGCAAGUGCGUGGAGGAGGCCUACAGCCUGCUCAACGAGUACGGCGACGACAUGUACGGCCCCGAGCAGUUUACAGACACGGACCAGCAGCCCUCAGAAAAGGAGGGGGAAGAUGACGAUGUGGAGGCAGCUUUGAAGAAAGAAGUUGGUGACAUUAAGGCAUCUACAGAAAUGAGGCGAAGGAGAUUCCAGUCUGUCUACAGUGGAGCAAAUAAUAUUGUUUUUAUCAGGACACUUGGAAUAGAACCUGAGAAAUUGGUGCAUCAUAUUCUGCAGGACAUAUACACAACCAAGAAGAAGAAGACUCGGGUUAUUCUGCGAAUGUUGCCCAUUUCAGGCACAUGUAAGGCUUUCUUAGAAGACUUGAAAGAAUAUGCCGCAACGUUUUUGGAGCCCUGGUUCAAAGCUCCAAACAAUGGGACAUUUCAGAUUGUAUACAAAUCUCGAUAUAAUAGUCAUAUGAAGAGAGAUUUAGUGAUCAAAGAAUUGGCAGGAAUAAUCUGCAGCCUCAACUCAGAAAAUCAAGUGGAUCUCACCGACCCAGAGUAUACAGUAGUCGUAGAAAUUAUUAAAUCCGUCUGUUGCCUGAGUGUUUUGAAAGAUUACAUGUUGUUCAGAAAAUACAAUCUCCAGGAGGUGGCGAAGAGCGAGAAGGAACUCUCCCAGUCUACCGAGCAAGCAGAGCAAGCGGGAAACGGGGACGAGGCGAAGUUGGAAUCUGAAGACAAGUCGAAUCAGAAUGAUUCAGCAGACGGGACAAAUAGCCAGCAGGUGGCAACAGAGAAUAGUGAGGAGCCCGGGGAGACCAAACCAGCAAUCGAGACCACUGUGCUAAACGCGGGAGAUGAACCUGAACUUGUAAGUCAAGCUCCAGAAGACUCCAAGGCAGAGGGAAAUGACCCCAAGUAAGAAAAACUGUGGAGGUGGAGGGAGGUUUCUGCAGUUCUGUGAGAUGUUGCUAGAGUUCUCUGUACAGUUGCUACUGAAAAUAAUGGUUUGGAACUUAAUUUGCUGCAUAUGUGGAACCCACAGAAGGCGAGCCGUGAUCGAGAGCCCUGUGAACAGUUUUCUUCGAGCUCUUUCCCCCUGCUUGGCGUGUGUGGUAGGCCUGGAUCAUUUAGCUAGGAGAAACUUGAUCGUUGAUGGCCUCGAGAGCGAAACAACACUCGGGAAUAGAAACGGAGAGGGAAAUUUUUAUUCUAAGGAAGGAUAUAUAUAUUUUUUAAAGGCACAUUUUUACUCACCACAGGCCAGCUACCCCUGCCACUCUAUUGUGAGCCUUGUGAAAACAUGGGCAUGGAGAUAGGUGAAGUGAAUUGUUUUCAUGGAGAUUUUGUACUUUUUUCGUGUGUGAUUGUCUCAUUAUGCCCACUUUUCUUAUAUUUCAUUACAUUUGUUACACACAAUUUGAUGCUCGAGUGCUGGAAUUUUUAAAAGCAAAGUAUAAAAUCGAAGAGAAUCAUUUUAGACAUAGCCCCACAGACUUCUCUGGUAAAGUUAGUGAUUAUAAUCUUCAUGGUUACUUGGGUAUGCUAGUGAAACAAGGAACACAAAUUCAUAGCAAGGAAAGCUAUUUCUCAGUGUACUUUUUUAAUGAAUUCAUAAUUCAACCUGUUUUACACCAUUGUGCGCUGCCUGUACAGUGUAAAUUAGGCGCCUAGUACUUGCUCCAGCAAUUGUAUAAACCAGAACUAUUUGGUGAGUCAAGAUGUUGGUUAUUUUAACUGGCUCUUAAAUAAUUAAAAUGGUAAAGCAAUUUUUCUGUAGAGCUAAAGUUGAGGAGGCAGAUUUUUUUUUUUUUUUAGUAGCAGAACUUACUCCAGAAAAAAAAAAAUCUAUAUUGCUUUUAAGAAAUAAUAUCAGCAUAAGCACGGUAGGACAUGAUACCUAGUAAGAAGUUGAAAAGACAGCUCGAUGAGUUGUACUAGACCAGCAUUUCUCAAUCCUGAGGGUCCUUAGGAUACUCCAAGGAGACCCUAGGUGAGUCACCUAAAUAGGGUCAGUUGCCUGAUACUAGGGCCAACCUGUAGUGUUCUAGAGAGGAUCAGAAAGGGGCCGAAGUUAGAAAAAGGUUGAAAAAGACUACUGAAUAUUUUGUCACAUGAUGCUAAAGAAGCGCGUGUAAUUAACUGAAAAGCAGCCAUUUCUCUAGCUCGAUAAUUAACAUCACAGAUAUUUGGCUAUCUCAUUAGUGAGGUCGUAAGUGAUGAAAUUAAAGAAAACUUUCGUUGCCAUUUGGAACCUUCCAAAAUAAAGGCCAAAAUAUACGCACAACUUCAUAUCCAAAAACCAGAAGGGUUCUGUCAUCCGUACUCCUUGCCCAUCUGGACAUACUUCUUGUUCUCACUGAUAACUUGCCCUUGCUUAAAAUCUAGAAGUUGAUGUUACACUACACAGAGAGGUGUCAAUCUAAAAUAUAAAACCCAAUAGCUUGGAGAUGAAACUUUAUGAUGAUAAGAACCAAAUUAGUUAUGUUCUGUUUCGUGUUCUUUUCCAACACUCAAAAAUACACAUUCUGAAUAAAGGGCAUAUGAAUCAUGGCUAGGAAAAGCAAACAACUCCUGUUUAACGGAGGAAGAGUUCUAGGCAGGAUGUUGAAUCAAAGGUGCUUUGCCGGAGCAUGAGCAGGAAAAAGCAAGGACAGACUUGUCACAUACAUUGAAGCUGAAAAUGGCCAUAGAUUCUUCAAAAGGAAGUCAUUGGAACACUCAUUUUGCCGCAGGAGCUCUUAAAAUAAUUCCAUAUCCUCUGAGUUGGAGACUUAAGAAGAGUAGUUACAAAUCUCAAGUCAUAUUAAAACUCUCCUUGACCCUGCACAACCCAGUUAGCAUUUCUCCUCCUUUCCUCAGCGCUGGGGACUGGGGGUGUAACUGAGGAGCCUGGUGUCCCCUUAAACCCUUUUAUUGGGGGGAGGGGCACUUUUGGGCCACAACCUGCAGUCUAGAAACAUUCCUGACAAUGCUCAGGGACCAUAAGGGAUGCUCGGGAUCAAACCCAUGUCGGCUGCAUGCAAGGCAGGCGCCUUCUUCACUGUACGCCUUCUUCACUGUACUACCACUCCAGCCCUCUUCCUCUGAAUCUUAACCCCAGAUGUUGUCUUUGAGAGGUGAGGAAGAAAGAACUCGGGCCUGACAGUUUUGGAUUUCAGUGACACAGCGCCUGCUUUUUUUUUAAAUUUUUUUUUUUUUUUUUUGCUUUUUGGGUCACACCUGGCGAUGCACAGGGGUUACUCCUGGCUCUGCACUCAGGAAUUACCCCUGGCCGUGCUCAGGGGACCAUGUGGGAUGCUGGGAUUUGAACCCGGGUCGGCCGCGUGCAAGGCAAACGCCCUACCCGCUGUGCUAUCUCUCCAGCCCCCAGCGCCUGCUUUUUAAUGCCCACUCGCAUACCUUGGGGGGAUAGGCAGGGGAGGUCCUUUAACCUGAAAGCUUGUCAAGGUUUCUCCAGGGUAAAAUCAUAAAAAGCUAGAAGAGACAGAUAUCAAGGAGGACUGCAAAAAAAAAAAGUUCAGAUUGACGGUGUUCAAAGGGGAUGAAAAUAAGCUUUUGGAGAAAGGUUUAUUCUUGAGUUUUUUUUUAAAGUUCAGCAGUAUUGGAAAUGUCUUUUUGCCUCAGAGGUUAUGUUUACUUAGUAGUAGGGAAUAUGGAAAUACAUUCUUAUCCUAGCUAUGGAUGAUCCCUGUUGGUAAACCGCACUCAAGGAUGUGGGAGCUACACAGAGAAUAGAUAGGGCCUUUCCAGUAUAGAUGAGGCUGGGACUUCCCAUUAGGGUCUAGGUAUUUGGGGUGUUCACUCUUAGUAGGUCAUCCUUAGGAUAUGAGCAUGGCUAGUGUCGUUUGGAGGAAUGCAGCGUAGGAUUCCGGUGCCUUCACCAGACUUCCUUCAAGACUAAGAUACUUUGAUUUUGGUAGUGGAAGUCUGUGGGACUUGGAGAAUGAAAGUGACUGUAUGCGUGUGGGACUGAGAGCCCUGCGGAGCCGGCUGCUUUUUCUUUGUGAGAGCUGCUACCUCUACAGAGAUAGUUUUGACUUCCAUGUUUGUUUUUAAUCCUGUUUUGUAUUUAUUUUGUAUUUGGCAAGCCUUGAGUAUGACAGAAACUUAAUCUCCAUAUGUAAGAACCUGUUCUGUUCAACAGAUCCUCAAAUCCAAGUUCAAUAUUUGUUUCUCAAGUUCAAUAUUUGUUUCUAAGUUUAUCACCCAUUUUUCAUUAAUAUUUGAACAUGUUUUAUACAUGAAGAAAUUCCAGUGUGAAAUUGACUUUUUAAAAAAAACACAA